AUGUCUUGGGAAGAUUUUGAUAUUGCAGAAGAACCUGAUUUUGGAGAGACCACUUCUACAUUAGCAGCCUUAGCACCAGAAACCAAAGAAGAAACAAAAACUGUUAGUAAUAAGGAACUGAAAGAAGCAAAGAAAAAUAAUGUAAAAGUUGUAGAAGAAUAUGUUGAUCCAACUGAAGGAAUGACUGAAGAAGAAAAGUCAUUGGCUUUGAGAAGACAACAAGAAGAGUCAGACAUUAAAGGAGCAGAAAGGUUGUAUCAAGGAGUUGAUGACUUGCAUGAAUUAGACACUAUGUCAGUUAUUACUGAUAAAGAUUUCCAAAAGUAUGGUAAGUUAUUAGGAUUAAAGGGUCAUGCUCUUUAUAAAGAAAAAUCAAAACAAUAUAAAUUACUUGUUAAAGAAUGUAUGAGAGAAUUAACUAAUGAUUUAACAAGUGUUGAAAUUAAAGAAUUAAGUGCUUAUAUGGAAGUACUCUUUAAUCAACAAGUUCAAAUUGAGAAAGAGGCUGAUAAAAAGAAAAAGAAAGGAGGUAAAAAGAAUUUAGCUAAACCUGCUACAACUGGAAAGAAAUAUACUGAAAGAGUAGAAGAUCAACUUGAAGAUGAUUAUUAUGAUGAUGAAGAUGAAGACGAUUAUGAUUUCAUGUAA